AUGCGGCAGGUUGCUGCUUGCUCUGCUGGACGGGCACGGGACAGGGGUUCGCCGGCGACAGUGGACAAACUAGCUGUGCACGAAGCAACUGAAGCCGGAGAAGCAGGAAGUGGCGGCUCCAGCUUGGUCGUCAUGCCGGCGGCAGGCGCCUGGCGAGCCGUAAAGAUGGACGUGCGCGUGCUCCAGUGCCCCCUCUGCACCCUCCCCCUCAAGCCUCCCGUCUUGCAGUGCAAGGGCGGGCACGUGGCCUGCGGCGGCUGCCGAGCCGAGCCGUGCCGGAGGUGCGAGCACGGGGGCGGCUUCGACGUCCGCAGCACGGCCAUGGACGCCGUCGUCUCCGCGGCCAGGGUCGAGUGCCCCCACGACGGCUGCCGGACCUACGUCGCCUACCACGAGCUCAUCGACCACCGGAGCGCGUGCCCGCGCGCGCCCUGCUCCUGCCCGGAGCCCGGCUGCGGCUUCGCCGCCCCGCCGCGGGCGCUCCUCGUCCAUCUCUUCGUCCGGCACUCAAUGCCGGCGCACAAGUUCCAGUACGGUGAGGGCUUCCGGCUCCUGGUGCCGGCGUCGGAGCCGUCAAGGCGGCUGCUCAUCGGCGGUGAGGACGGCCGCGCGUUCCUCCUCUCCGUGGGCGCGCUCGGCGCGGCCACCGCGGUGUGGGUGGUGUGCGUCCGUGCCAGCGCCGUCCGGCGGCCAGAGUACUGGUGCAAGAUGUGGUCGAUCAUGCCGCCCAGCCAGGACCUCGUCGUGGUGAAAACCAGGGUGACGAGCAGCACAUCGCCCGGCGCGGUGGCCGCCGCGUCUUUCUUGACAGUGCCGCCGACGUAUUAUCGGGUUGGGGCUGCUGGGGUGUCCAACUCCGUGCCUCUCAAUGGCUACGGCUUUGGCUUGCUGCAACGUCAAGCACGCCGCAUCCUUUUUCUUACCCGCCGCGCAUUAUUAAUUCACCCGCCGCGCUUGCUGCUUUUCCCCGAGUCUUCUCUUCCACCUCGCGAGCCGAGCAUUUCACACUUAAGACAGGCAGAGUGGUUGAGCAGUGCCACUUCUGCUCCCGCCCGGCCGUCGGCGAUGGAGACGGGCGGCGGCCAGAGCGCCAAGAAGCAGAGGCUGGAUCUGGUGCUGGCCAGCCCGGCCCCGGUGAAGCAAGAGAUGCUCGUGCUCAUGCACGAGGCGGGCGAGAUCGUGCCGGCGAUACAGGCCCCGACCAAGGAGGCCCAUCUGGGCCUCACCGUUCUGCAGUGCCACUUCUGCUCCCGCCCCUUGAAGCCGCCCGUCCACCAGUGUAAUGCUGGGCACCUGGCAUGCGGCGACUGCCGCGGCGAGCGCCCCGGUAAUGAGCGGCAGUGUCAGAAGUGCGAACGUGGCGGUGGUUUCGACGUCCAUAACACGGCGAUGGACGCCGUGGUCUCCGCGGCCACGGUAGAGUGCGCACACGACGGCUGCGGGCUCUUCAUCACCUACCACAAGCUCCAAGACCACCAGGACGCGUGCCCGUUCGCGCCUUGCAAGUGCCCCGUUCCCGGCUGCGGCUUUGAAGGCCCGCCGCAGACGCUCCCCCACCACCUCACCGAUGUCCACCCCAUGCCCGUGCAGACGAUCCAGUAUGGCAAGGUUCUUCAGCUGCAGGUGCCGGUGUCGGAGCCGCGGCGCCUGCUGUUCGCGGAGGAGGACGAGCGUGUGUUCCUCGUGGUCGGCGGCGCUCUCGGUCCAAGCGCACCUAUCGCUGUGUCGGUUGUGUGCAUCAGGGCGGGGGCCUCCCCGCCGCCGCACUACACGGCCAAGGUGUGGGUGAAUGGGCCGCCGUCGGCGGUUAACGGCAGGGUCAACACUGUCAGGGCUGAAAUCGAGGUGACGAGCACCAAGGAGCCCGACGUCCUCGUCGUGGAGGAGCUGAUGACCUUCUUGGCGGUGCCGCCCAAGAUGCUUGCUUGGGAUGGGCCGUCCAGGUCCAGGAUGGUUUGGCUCCGCAUUCGUAUUGACAAGACCUCAUCCUAAAUGAUUCCACAAGUUUAGUCUUCUAGUGAUCUUAGUAAUGUGUAGGGUUUAAUUUGGUUUACUUUAGCUUGAGAGAUGAUGGAUUUUGAUGGUGAUGGAGUAGUUACUUCAAUCUUAGGUCAGCAGUUGAAGUAAUUUCCAACUGUGGAAGGCGUAUUUUGUGACUCUUGCAUAUAAGAUCAUUUGUGUAACAAGUGAACCUAAAUGUAUGCUGCUUAUAUGUUUGAUUAUUAACAGAGUGUUGCAUACU